AUGGCAUAUUUCUUAAACAUAAUCAACAAAGAUCAAGAAAAUCAAAGCCUCUACAAUAAUCCAAGAAUCUCAUUCUCAAGUGAUUUUGGUGUCUUUCCUCAACUAGAAAACACCUAUCGAGAAGCCCCCGUUUCUUCCGAUUUCGAGUUUUCCGCCCCCGAUUACAACUCCAUGAGUAUCUCAGCCGACGAGAUUUUCUCCAACGGAAAAAUGUUGCCGUUGAGUACUCGAAAUAGUAAUUGCCCAAAAGUAGGCACUACUCUUAGAGACGAGCUUCUUAUCGAUGACGAGUAUAAAGGUGUCGCAUCUUCGAAGGGUAUACGAAGGUGGAAGAACAUGUUAGGGUUGAAGAGAAAACAAGGUAUUGAGAAAAGUAUUAUUAAUGGCAAUUUGGGAAGAAUUGAUGAAAUGAAGAUAUCAGAGAUGGUUUAA